AGGCGCAGAAGGACAUAUUGUUCCCAACUAUCAGGCUUCGAAGCGUAUUAGCCAUAGGCCCUGCCUCCUGGCGCGGCAUACCAGGUAUUCUCUGAUCAGGCAGCACGGGCGGCGCCUCAGACGAUGAGCGGGCUUCCAGGCCUCAGCGGUCAACCCCCGCCCCCCACCCCACGUGGUAGGAGGUUUCCAGAAUCGCUAGCACCUCUGCGCCGAGCUACCCUCGACCAUCCGAGCGUCUCUUUGCUGUCUCGUACUUCCACCGUCUAGCAGCCAUGAUAAGCGCCAGCCGAGCCGCAGUAUCCCGUCUCGUCGGCACCGCAGCCUCCCGGGGCCCCACAGCCGCCCGCCACCAGGAUGGCUGGAAUGGCCUUAGUCAUGAGGCUUUCAGAAUUGUUUCAAGGCGGGACUAUGCAUCAGAAGCAAUCAAGGGAGCAGUUGUUGGUAUUGAUUUGGGUACUACCAACUCCUGUGUAGCAGUUAUGGAAGGUAAACAAGCAAAGGUGCUAGAGAACGCUGAAGGUGCCAGAACCACCCCUUCAGUUGUAGCCUUUACAGCAGAUGGUGAGCGACUUGUUGGCAUGCCGGCCAAGCGACAGGCUGUCACCAACCCAAACAACACAUUCUAUGCUACCAAGCGUCUUAUUGGUCGGCGAUAUGAUGACCCAGAAGUUCAGAAAGACAUUAAAAAUGUUCCUUUUAAAAUUGUCCGUGCCUCUAAUGGCGAUGCCUGGGUUGAAGCCCAUGGAAAACUCUAUUCCCCAAGUCAGAUUGGAGCAUUUGUGUUGAUGAAGAUGAAAGAGACUGCAGAAAAUUACUUGGGGCAUACAGCAAAAAAUGCUGUGAUCACAGUCCCAGCUUAUUUCAAUGACUCUCAGAGACAGGCCACUAAGGAUGCUGGCCAGAUAUCUGGACUAAAUGUGCUUCGGGUAAUUAAUGAACCCACAGCCGCUGCUCUGGCUUACGGUCUGGACAAAUCAGAAGACAAAAUCAUUGCUGUAUAUGAUUUAGGUGGUGGAACUUUUGAUAUUUCCAUACUGGAAAUUCAGAAAGGAGUAUUUGAGGUGAAAUCCACCAAUGGAGACACUUUCUUAGGUGGUGAAGACUUUGACCAGGCCUUGCUGCGUCACAUUGUGAAGGAGUUCAAGAGAGAGACGGGGGUUGAUUUGACCAAAGACAACAUGGCGCUUCAGAGAGUUCGGGAAGCUGCUGAGAAGGCCAAGUGUGAACUCUCUUCAUCUGUGCAGACUGACAUCAAUUUGCCAUACCUUACAAUGGAUGCUUCUGGACCCAAGCAUUUGAAUAUGAAGCUGACCCGGGCUCAGUUUGAAGGGAUUGUUACUGAUCUAAUCAGAAGGACCAUUGCCCCAUGCCAAAAAGCCAUGCAAGAUGCAGAAGUCAGCAAGAGUGACAUAGGAGAAGUGAUUCUGGUUGGUGGCAUGACUAGGAUGCCCAAGGUUCAGCAGACUGUGCAGGAUCUCUUUGGCCGAGCCCCAAGUAAAGCUGUCAACCCUGACGAGGCUGUGGCCAUAGGGGCUGCCAUUCAGGGAGGUGUGCUGGCUGGUGAUGUAACAGAUGUGCUGCUGCUGGAUGUCACUCCCCUGUCUCUGGGUAUUGAGACCCUGGGAGGUGUCUUCACCAAGCUUAUUAACAGGAACACCACUAUUCCAACCAAGAAGAGCCAGGUGUUUUCUACAGCUGCUGAUGGACAGACUCAAGUGGAGAUUAAAGUGUGUCAGGGUGAGAGAGAGAUGGCUGGAGACAACAAACUUCUUGGACAGUUUACUUUGAUUGGAAUUCCCCCAGCCCCUCGUGGAGUCCCUCAGAUUGAAGUUACAUUUGACAUUGAUGCCAAUGGGAUUGUACAUGUUUCUGCCAAAGAUAAGGGUACAGGACGCGAGCAGCAGAUUGUGAUUCAGUCUUCUGGUGGAUUAAGCAAAGAUGAUAUUGAAAAUAUGGUUAAAAACGCAGAGAAGUAUGCUGAGGAAGACCGGCGAAAGAAGGAACGAGUUGAAGCAGUUAAUAUGGCUGAAGGAAUCAUCCAUGACACAGAGACCAAGAUGGAAGAAUUCAAGGACCAACUGCCUGCUGAUGAAUGCAACAAGUUAAAAGAAGAGAUCUCCAAAAUGAGGGAGCUCCUUGCUCGGAAAGACAGUGAAACGGGCGAAAACAUAAGGCAGGCGGCAUCUUCCCUUCAGCAAGCAUCGUUGAAGCUUUUCGAAAUGGCAUACAAAAAGAUGGCAUCAGAACGAGAAGGUUCUGGAAGCUCUGGCACUGGGGAGCAAAAGGACAAUCAAAAGGAGGAGAAACAGUAACAGCAGUAAACUUUGGAGUUGAAAGGACAACAUGCUUGGGAGUGAAGGGAUUUCCUGAGCUGAAACGGGCAAACUUCAGUCUUCUACUGUGUUUUUGCAGUAUUCUAUAUAUAAUUCCCUGAAUAUGUAAAUUUAGUGACCAUUAGCUAAUGAUCAUUUCAUGAGUGACAAGUCCAGCAGUACAAAAUUCACAGUAUUCUGUCCCUAGCCUGUCAUUCUUUUUCAUUUCAGGUGCAUGUAAAGCUGGAAAGAUGAUUUAUUGAUCAUUCUAAAGAUGUAACAUUGUUUUUGUGUUGAAGUAGCCAUAUUUUCAAGGAGUGAAAUCUCACACAGUGAAGACGGUUGGGUCUGGAAUGAAACCAUAAGGUGAUGAGAUCCUUCUAGUGAUCUGAGUACUGCUGUACCAGCCUGUGUGUAUGUGGAAUUCAUCAACUGAGGCCUUGCAAAGCAAGCCAGCUGUGCCAUGUUGGGAGGAAGGGCAGGGAAAGCUAGAUCAACAGAAAACUGAGCUAAUUAUUUGUUAGAUCCAGCUUUUAAAACACAAGUCGCCCAAAUUUUCUGAAGGCAUACUUUCCUAGCUACCCUUUGGCCUUAUGUCUGGCACCUGUGUCCUUGAUGACUGUUCUUUUUGAUCCAUUCUGGACUUUUUUUAAAAAAAUAAAUAGGAAAACCAUCUUGAUCUUUUUGUCUGAGGACCUGAAACUUAGCUUCAGAAAUAUAUGACAUGAAUUACAUUUCCCAGUUCCCUGACCUGUAUGGGAUUUCCUAACACUAGCCAGUUUCAAUUUCUAACAAACUGAAAACUUGAGAAGGCUGAUAUGAUAAUCAUUAUGAGCAAAGACGAGUCUGAUUCAGGAGUUUCUCUCUAGCCCGUCUGAGGUUUGGAGUGUUGAAUGUUAGAUCUUUAACAUGAAAAUAGGCCUCAUACUUUUCAGGCUGCUUUCUGCUCUAAAUAAAAACUUCAGACUUGGCUCACGAUAAUGAAACAUUCAGUCCUAAGGUGAGAUUUCAGUGGCUUAUACAUCAGAAACCAGGUAAUUUCUAUAGUUCUGCUUUUUUACCCUCAGCGAGUUGUCAUGUCCUACUUUUUAAAAUGUAGUUCUAAAUAUCACAUGCUACCAACUUAAGAUCCAGGAAGGUGACUACAUCUGUAACUCAAGUUUUAGGAAUUAAUUUAUUUUUUAAAAAUUAAGGAGACUUUAACACCCUUUUAAAAGCUUCUUGAGGUUGCUAUGAGAAUAGGCUCAAGUUUUCAGCCACAUGACGUGCAGUAUUUCUUUAUGAACUCAAACUGCCGUAUAUAUGAUGGUGGUUCAGUUACCCACUAGUAAAGCUAACAUCAGCACAAGCAGCCUUGAAAGGCAAAAAGAAAUUUAAAUUCAGAUACAGUCUUCAUCUUGUGGCAACACAUGCAUUAAAGGUCCCGAAAGGAAAACUGGGAUUAUUCCAAGUAGUCUUCCCCACUUAAAAUGCACCCCUGCUAUACAACAGAACAACACAUGUGGUUGGACCCCUUCUCCUAUACUUUGACCUUGCUCAGAAAGUCUUCUCCUAUAUUUCCAAUUGACUUCCUCCCCUCACUUUUUUAAGUAAGGCUUUGAAAUUGUCAUAAAUAGCAGCCUUCAAGUCCGUCAUUUCCUGUCCUUACCCACAGCAAUACCACCACCUAAUUUGUCUUUCCUCCAUUGCUAUGUGAGUUUUUUUGGUCCUCCAAAUCCCUGCUUUUAAAUACUAACUGCUAAGGUAGUGGUAUUACAUGGUGGGGCCUCUGGGAGGUAGAUCAUUCUCUUGAUUGGGAAUAGGACCCUAAUAAAAGAGGUUCCAGAAGUCCCAGAUGCCCAGAGGGCCCUGACCUGAUCAUGCUGGCACCCUGAUCUCUGACUUCUAGCCUUAAUUUUGAGAAAUAAAUUCUGUUUAUAAGC